CAGGUGUGUUGUAACUGGGUAGACUGCUAGUGCUAGAUUAUGAGCUCAUUUGAUCUGCAGACACACUCUCCACCACGCUGCAGCCCGCAAUUUCCAAAUAUUGGCCAGGAGCCUCCCGAGAUGAACAUCUAUUAUGAAAACUUUUUCCAUCCACAGAACGUUCCUAGCCCACAACGACCAACAAACUUUGAAUCUGGGGACUACAACACCACUCCCAACCCUUACCUCUGGCUAAAUGGACCCUCCAUUACCCCACCAUCAUACCUACCAGGAUCCAACACCAGUCCUUUCAUCCCUCAGUCCUAUGGGAUGCAACGGCAGCUCUUGCCUAACAUGCACGGUUUGGGGGGUACUGAUUUGGGCUGGCUUCCUCUCCCUUCCCAAGAGGAGCUGAUGAAGCUGGUGAGACCACCCUACUCCUACUCUGCGCUUAUCGCCAUGGCCAUCCAUGGAGCACCGGAGAAGAGGCUAACACUCAGCCAGAUCUACCAGUACGUGGCUGACAACUUCCCCUUCUACAACAAAAGCAAGGCAGGUUGGCAGAACUCCAUAAGGCAUAACCUGUCUCUCAACGAUUGCUUUAAGAAAGUGCCCAGAGACGAAGAUGACCCAGGAAAAGGGAAUUACUGGACUCUGGACCCAAACUGUGAGAAGAUGUUUGACAAUGGAAAUUUCCGUCGGAAGAGGAAAAGGAAGUCUGACAUUGGGUCCAGCACAGCAUCUCUUGCAUCUGAGAAAUCGGAGGACAGUGCCUUAAGUGGCAGUCCCAAGGCUGCCGAACACCAGGAUCUCUUGGAAAGCUCCUCACCUGGAACUGACAGUUCACCUGACAAGAGAUCUUCUCCGCCAUCUUCCAGCAGUCCCUGCCUCAACAACUUCCUCUCCAGUAUGGCCGCGUAUGUUAAUGGCUCUAACUCGGUGAGCCGAUCAGUGCCUCUGGGACUCAGCGUUGAGCCCACUGACAAAAUGGGACAGAAUAUGGUAGGAUUCAAUUCAUACGCUACACUUUCUAAUAUCCCCAGCCAUAGUGGGGCAGAAUGGUCCAAUUCAAUGCCUUCCAGCCAUCUUGGCUACAGCAAUUCAGUUCUCAAUCAAUUUAAUACCCAUUUCUACAGCAGUAUCGGUGCAAAUAACACCCUGUAUCCUAGAGAGGGAACUGAGGUUUAAACAACAAAGGAGGAAAGGAUAAAUGUGUAAGAGAGGAAAUGGUCAGUUGGUAGAGGGCUGCUGUUAGCCAGUCAUCUCUGAGACCUACAUUACAACCUGCCUUAGCGGCUGAAAGUGAGAACCCCAAAACUUUUACCUAGGAGACUUCCUCAUAUCACAAACCACCACAUCUUUAGCAGCUCCACUCAUGACAGGCCAGGGACUGGAACAGCAAGGGUGUUUCAGGUGAGCUCUGUGGGGCUCUGUCACACACAGCUCCUACCUUGCACUAUUCAAUGGCCAUCCUUAAAGAACUGCCAGUUGUCUUAGGCCUGGUCUACACUAGUAACUUUUACCUGUAUAGCAAUAUCACAUAGGGGUGUGAUUUUCUUAGUGACAUUUUAAUAUCUGCAAAAGCCCUAGUACAGAUGCUGUUAUAUAAACACAAAAGUCCUUUUCUUAGUACAGCUUAUUUCAUCUGGGGAACUGGUAUAAGCUAUACCAACACAAAAGUGCUUUUUCAGGUGUGAGCAAAAGGUUUAACAAGACCUUGGUUAACUAGACAAUGUUACCUCAGUAUUUGUGCUAUUCCCUAUGUAAAUAUAUGGAAGUACUACAUAUGCUGAGGUAGCUAUUUAAGGACAACCACUGUUCCUGCCUUCACCUAUAGCUAAAGCUAUUGGCCAAAUUCUGGCAUCCUUUCAUGCCCCAAUGGGGCAUACAGCCAGGUAUGAAGACAGAAUUUGGCCUUUACGUCCGUGGGCAGACAAUUCAUCCAGAAACAGAGAGGAAAUAACAAAAAUUAGGGAUGUUUACAGUCAGAUUUCAUGUUUUCAGUUUUAAGUACAUGCGUAGGGUCAGACGCUGCUUAUCUUAUGGUCUCGCUUGCAACCUAAUGUCCAUGGGCCUACUUACGUAAGAAAAACAGGAUUUGUGCCAUGCCAUCUAUUUUACAUACCUGAGUUUUCUGGAGAAGAAAACAUGUUUGUUCCAGUGUAACACUAACGUUUGUACUGAACAAGCAUCUGAACCUUGAGUGCUUUUGUAUAGAAAGUCUAACAUAUCACUGAGCUUCAUUUCAAAGACUGCAUCUUCCCCAUGAAUUGAUUGCAGUCAUUGGGGGGAGGUAAAAACUGUUUACUGUACAUUUGUGUUUUGUAAAAGUCAAUUAAACAAUUAUGUCCAAGUGUAAAUAUUAUUGAAUAAUGCUUCUUUUUUCUCCUGAUCUCUUAAAAUAUUCUGUGUCUACAGUAGUCACACAGAAAAAUCCAAAGAUUAAAUAAAGGUUUUGCAAAAGUUCCACAACUGUAUAUUGUAAUAUACAAAACUGAAUAUUCCUCAACACAGACCUCUUCAGCUAUUUAGUUAUGCUCUGGCAAACCUUUCAAGAUGGCUGAGAAGAGAUUAAUUUUCAAUUAAUAUAUUGUGACAAACACCCUAUUGUGCCUUGAUUUUUUUAAUAUGUACUUUCGUUGCAUUUUCAUUAUGGGACACCCACGGAAGUAUUUUCAAUAAUAAAGCAUUUGUAUGUAAGUGAGUGUGUGUGCAAUGUACUUAAUGAAUUUCAAAUGCUAGCCUAGUAAAAAUCAACAGCCAAUAAGGGGAAAGUGAAUUAUUCUGAUACUUUAAAAAUUCAGCGUUAUGGUGUUUUAACUUGUGCAGUUUAGCUUGAGAAACACAAUAUAACAGCCUCCAUAAGGUCAAAUGGUUAAACAAUUGUAUGCCUAAGCAACCAAAAUUUGCAUGCCUGAAGUAUUAUGCAAAGAAAGGCCACACAGAGCCAUUACAAACAAGAAUUGCUCUUUUAGCUUCUGCACUAGAGCUAAGAGAUGCUAAUCAUUUAAAAUUAUAUAAAUUGCACUUAUUUUCCCAUAUACUAAUUGUCCAAAAAGUUACCCAAAUUAUUAUUUGUUUUUAACAUUUUUAGUUUGAUUCUCUGUGGUAUUAUUUGCAUUUUUGUUUGUUUUUUUAAUAAUAGGUUCAAUUUUGCAAUCACCGUGGUGAGAUUUCACUUGGAAUGAGCCACAGUUAAAUGCAACAUUAGCAUAUUGCAAUCCAAUGCAAAUAAUAUGUCCUGAAACAGCUGUGGGCAACAUUUCCUACAGAAAUCAUUGGUCUCAGGUCUGCAGUUUUCUGCAGAAUCAUUCAGCACACGUGAAAUGUGUUGGUGUUAGCACUAGGUUUUGGGGAGAUGUUGCAUCAUACAAACAGUCAUCCAGAAACAGUCUCCACUACGCUCUUCAUAAAAAUGAGAGGGAAAGGAUUCCCAGGGAGUGUAAGAUGGGAAAUGUAGGGCUUAAAAAGUGAUAGAUGUACAAAAAUAUGCAGAGGCAGCAUGAUGAUCCUGUUGGGAUCCAGGAAGUGGGCGGGCGAAGCCCACUGCUAAAGGAUCCCCCCCAGCCUAAGGGGGGGUCCACAGGACCUGGAGACCAAAAAAUUACGGGGGACAACUAAUAAAAGAACAGGGACAGGAGUGAGGUCAAAGGGUCAAAUGAAGUAAACCAGAUGGGGACACCGAGCAGAGAACCUCGGACAGUGCCCACUGCUCCUCGAAGGCGGCAAGGGAGCCAAUGGAUGCUGCCCAGAGGAACUCUGCCCGGAUACGUGAACGAACGGAGGACCUGAAAUAGGCCCCACAGUCACAGGAGACUCCAUCGGCUAGGCAGAAACAAAAGGAAAAUUCCAAGCCAGAGUGCCAUUCAUUUUUAUCAAUCUGCAUUGUCUAAAGUAAAUGAAUGAUUUCAUAUAGCGCCAUUAGCCUCUGCAUCAUCACUGCCUCAAAUCUGGCCCAGACUGGUAUUAACCAAAUAUCAGUUGUUAUCAGUUGAUGGCUAUUUGGCCUAUUUGUAGUGAGGUAGUGGUGUCAGCAGUACAGUUCCUUAUGGACAGGAGCCUGGCUGCAUCACAACGGAAACCCUUGUUUGGAUUAGUAGAGCGGGCUCAAAUCUGAAUGCCCUCCCUCGUGUAGAAAUAUCAGGUCAGAUGUUGAGGUAUGAUGAGCAGAAGGAGGCUAUGCAGGGGACGUUUGAACCACUGCUGCCCUAAAUGUACUCACUUUAUGAAGGAAUAAAUAAAAUAAAAUAGUUCACUCUCA